AUGGUGGAGUUUGCUCCCUGGUCUGUGCCCUGGGAGCGCCGGCUGCAGACGCUCUCCGUCCUGCAGUGGGUCUUCAGCUUCUUGGCCUUGGCUCAGACCUGCGUUAUAGUCUUCAUAGGCCUCCUGUUCACCAGAUUCUGGUUCCUCAGUGUCCUGUACGCAACGUGGUGGUACCUGGACCGAGACAAGCCAUGGCAGGGCGGCAGGCGCGUCGAGUUCCUGAGACGCUCCGCAGUAUGGAGGUACAUGAAGGACUAUUUCCCCGUCUCGCUGGUCAAGACCGCUGAGCUGGACCCCUCCCGGAACUACCUCGCGGGCUUCCACCCCCACGGGGUCCUGGCCGCCGGAAUCUUCGUCAACUUGUGCACUGAGGCCACGGGCUUCUCCAAGCUCUUCCCCGGCAUCCGCCCCCACCUGAUGAUGCUGAACCUGUGGUUCCGCUUCCCCUUCUUCAGGGACUACCUCAUGACUGGGGGGCUGGUUACAUCGGACAAGGAGUGCGCGGCUCACAUCCUGAACAGGAAGGGCGGGGGCAACCUGCUGGGCAUCAUCGUGGGGGGCGCCCAGGAGGCACUGAACGCCAGGCCCGGGGCCUACAAGCUGCUGCUGCGGAAUCGCAAGGGCUUCGCCAAGCUCGCCCUGAUGCACGGGGUACCCCUGGUGCCAGUCUUCUCCUUCGGGGAGAACGAACUCUUUGACCAAGUUGAGAACUCUCCGGGCUCCUGGCUGCGUUGGACCCAGAACCAGCUGCAGAAGGUCAUGGGCAUUUCCCUUCCGCUCUUCCACGGCCGUGGCGUCUUCCAGUACAGCUUUGGCCUUUUGCCCUACCGCCGGCCCAUCGCCACCGUGGUGGGGAAGCCCAUCGAGGUGCAGAAGAUCCCGCAGCCCUCGCAGGAGGAGGUGGACAAGCUGCACCAGCACUACAUCGACGAGCUGUGCAACCUCUUCGAAGCCCACAAGCUCAAGUACAACGUCCCCGAGGACCAGCACCUGGAGUUCUGCUGA